UGGUAUGUGCAGCCCAAAGCAUUUGUAACUCCACCUCAAAAGUGGUCUCUCUGUCGUCUCCACACAGUGAAAGAAGAAAUUUUUACUUAGAGAUCAUGGAAAAGAAUUCUCAGGAGAAACCUGAGGACUGUCACUUUCUAGAUGCAGAAUCAACUAAGACGAGAAAGAUCUGCAAAAGAUGCAAGAUCUGUGGACCGCUCUGCAUACUGGUGAUUUUUCUUAUUCUGAUAUUUUUUGGUGUCAGAUAUUUCUGGAACUCAGCACCUAAAAAAAUAUAUGACAUGGAGCAUACAUUCUUUAGCAAUGGUGAGAAGAUGACUAUUUUGAUGGAGAUAGAGCCUCUAACUAGAACCGAGUCAUUUAGAACUGGGAAUGGCAGUGAGGAAAUCUUGGAAAUACAUGACUUUAAAAAUGGAAUAACUGGCAUCUUUUUUGUGGGACUACAAAAAUGCCUCAUCAAAACUCAGACUAAAGUAAUACCUGAAACUACAGAGGCCGAGAUACAGGAACUUGAGGGAAAUGUCAUUACAACAACCUACUUUGAGCAAUCCAUGGUCUGGAUUCCAGGAGAAAAACCUAUUGAAAACAAAGAGUUCCUAAAGAACUCCAAAAUUUUUGACAUUUGCAAGAAUGUAACCAUACACUGGAUCCACCCAACUUUGAUAACAGCUCCUGAAUUCCAUGACUUUGACAAUGGUGGGGAAGAUGAUGUCCAGAUUCUUGUGAACAAACAAGACUGGGACAAGGAACAGAAUAAGCAUCAUGUGGAUAAGGCAGCAAGGCCAGGGGCAAAACGCCAGGCUCGGCAGCUGACAGAAGAGGAUCUUCCUGUAAAUGACUAUUCAGAGAAUGGACUCGAGUUCCACCCCCUGUGGGAUGAAAGGGGCUACUGCUGCGCUCAGUGUCGCCGGGGCAACCGCUACUGCCAGCGGGUGUGUGAACCUCUGCUGGGGUAUUACCCCUACCCCUACUGCUACCAGGGAGGAAGGGUUAUCUGCCGAAUCAUCAUGCCAUGUAACUGGUGGAUAGCACGCAUGUUAGGGCGUGUAUAGGGAUGCUCACAACUAGCAAAGCAAUAAAACUACAACAGAUAUAUGCUCUCACUGUAGAGAGGAAACUGCAGCCUUUAAGCACUUGCAUGCUACCUAUAUCCUAGCCUUGCCAUGUUACAAGUUAUCUUGUAUUACCAGUAGCUAAAGCACAGGUCAUUAACUGCUUGAUUACAGCUGAAUACUGCACCCUGCCCUGAGCAAGAACAGCCAAAGGUCCUCUGCCAUCAGCAGAUAGCACCCGGAGGGUUGACAAAAACUAUAUUUCAUGGGUUGGGGUUUGUGCUGAGCAGUAAGAAAUGAGACAAACAAUAAACACAUUCUUUGACUGAUUGCAAAGGAAACAAAGUUGUUUGGUGGCAGUCCAUGAUACUGAAUGGGCUUGAAAGGUGAUCUAAUUGUGCAUCUUCGUGCCUGGCUCAGGUGACAGGUUGCUGAGUGGGUUCAGCUAGCUAUGAACAAAGGUUCCAUAUUGCUCUAUCACCAUUCCUAUAAAUGAUCCCUUUACAACUUACAGGCUGACAGGCUAUACCACUGACAAA